AUGGCCGGAGCGGCGGCGGCCGCCGCGACCCCCGUGUACUGCGUGUGCAGGGAGCCCUACGACGUGAGCCGCUUCAUGAUCGAGUGCGACAUCUGCAAAGACUGGUUCCACGGCAGCUGUGUUGGGGUAGAGGAGCACCAUGCUGUUGACAUUGAUCUGUACCAUUGUCCCAACUGUGCAAUUCUCCAUGGACCUUCUCUAAUGAAGAAGAGGAGGAACUGGCACAGACAUGACUACACAGAGUUGGAUGAUGGUUCCAAGCCUGUGCAGGCUGGAACGCGGACCUUCGUUAAACAGCUGCGGGCUCGCUCUUUCCCAAGUGCUGAUGAAGUAAUUUUGAAAAUGCAUGGAAGCCAGCUGACGCAAAGAUACUUGGAGAAACAUGGGUUUGAUGUUCCCAUUAUGGUUCCUAAAUUAGAUGGUCUGGGGCUCAGACUUCCUCCACCAACUUUCUCCGUUUUAGAUGUGGAACGCUAUGUAGGUGGUGACAAAGUGAUAGAUGUAAUAGAUGUAGCAAGACAAGCAGACAGUAAAAUGAAGCUCCAUAAUUAUAUUAAGUAUUUCACAAAUCCUGACCGGCCAAAAGUAUUGAAUGUGAUCAGCCUGGAAUUCUCGGACACAAAGAUGUCUGAAUUAGUGGAAGUACCAGAUAUUGCCAGAAAGCUUUCAUGGGUGGAAAAUUAUUGGCCAGAUGACUCUGUCUUCCCUAAGCCUUUUGUUCAGAAGUAUUGCUUGAUGGGUGUCCAGGACAGCUACACUGAUUUUCAUAUCGAUUUUGGAGGAACAUCAGUUUGGUACCAUGUUCUCUGGGGUGAGAAGAUAUUCUAUUUGAUUAAGCCCACUGAUGAAAAUUUGGCUCUGUAUGAGUCUUGGAGUUCCUCUGUCACCCAGAGUGAGGUAUAUUUUGGAGACAAGGUUGACAAAUGUUACAAAUGUGUUGUGAAGCAAGGACACACUUUAUUUGUUCCAACAGGCUGGAUUCAUGCUGUGCUCACGUCUCAGGAUUGUAUGGCUUUCGGAGGAAACUUUUUGCACAACCUCAACAUUGGCAUGCAGCUCAGGUGUUAUGAAAUGGAGAAGAGGCUAAAAACCCCUGAUCUUUUCAAAUUUCCUUUCUUUGAAGCCAUCUGUUGGUUUGUGGCCAAAAACUUGCUGGAAACAUUGAAAGAACUGAGGGAAGAUGGUUUCCAGCCUCCAAGCUAUUUAGUGCAAGGAGUGAAGGCUUUACUUACCGCUUUAAAAUUGUGGAUGAAGAAAGAACUUGUAACAGAACAUGCCUUUGAAAUUCCAGACAACAUUAGGCCUGGGCAUCUCAUAAAAGAGCUCUCAAAAGUGAUUCGUUCUGUAGAGGAGGAAAACAGCAAACUAGUUAAAACUCAGGGAAUUCUUGGUGUAUGUCCAACUUCACGGUCUUCGCAUGAAACAACUUACCCUCACCACUCCAGACGAAGGGUGAGGAAAUUGAGAGACCAUGCUACCAAAACUCCUUCUAAUCUGGACAUCCUGGAACUCCACACUAGGGAGGUACUGAAAAGGCUGGAGAUGUCACCAUGGGAGGAGGAUACCACAAGCUCAAAACUGAAUGGGAGAUUUAACAAACCACUUCAGCCAUCAUCUACAAUACCUGAAUGGCGAACAAAAGACAAUGAUCUUCGCCUUCUGCUAUCAAACGGAAGAAUAAUAAGAGAUGAGAGACGCCCAUUUACAGAUCGAAGUCUUUACACAGCAGAUAGUGAAGAUGAAGAUGACAGGACAAGAUCAAAAAAGACGACUGUUAAGGUAGAAGACCAGCCCUCAGGGUUUGAGGGAGAAGGGAAUGCAGAUGCCCAGAAACCACUGAACAUGUUCUUUGAAAGUGUGAAAUCAGAACUCAGGAAUGGAUCCUCAGAGUACUCUGAUAUUUCUGAUUCAGAAGAAUCUGAGCCUGAUUGCACUACACAGCAGAAGGAUUCCUCCACAGAGGAGUCAGAAAGCUCAGGUGAUGAAGAGAAACAGGAAGUAACAUCGAAUUUCAAAGAGGAAUCUAAGGUCACAAGAGACCUCUAUCAAAAUACCCAGAAGCCAUCCAGAAAUGAAACUCCCAGUAAAAAGGAAUGUCCUACCUCGACAAGUACAGAAGAAGAAGCUAUUCAGGGCAUGCUUUCUAUGGCAGGAUUGCACUAUACUACAUGUUUACCAGGUCAUACUCAAAGCACAGACUGCACAGAUAAAAGAACCUCUCUUCAGGAACACAGAAGCUACCCCAGGAGUCGGCAUAAAGACAGACAGCCAUCUCAGAGCCACAAAACAAUUGAAUGUGGUAGGUCUGUGAAGGAAGAGGAAGGAGACUUGGGGACUUCAGCAUGGGCUAGACACCUGAAUGAAACUUCAAGGAUUACCCCUCAGGAUACAAAUAAAACUCAAAAAUAUAUCAAGAAAGAGGGUACAUCAGAAGCUAAUCAUAAGGUUCAGGAAAACAGAAGUAUAGUCCACAACAACAGCUUGAGUUUUCAGCAUGGGAAGUAUACACGAGACUCCAGUCUAAUUCAAGAAUGUCGUCUGAGUGAUGGCAGCCUUAGCCCUGACAGGCUGUAUGGUGAAACAUCCUUGUCUGUACCGCUUCAUCCAACAAAGAGGCCAGCAUCAAACCCACCCCCUAUCAGCAACCAGGCGACAAAAGGCAAACGUCCAAAGAAAGGAAUGGCAACUGCUAAACAGCGCCUUGGGAAGAUCUUGAAGCUGAACCGGAAUGGCCAUGCACGCUUCUUUGUCUAAUGUAGCUGCUACUUCUACUACUGCUGUCUUUCCUACACAGACCAGUAUUGAGGUCAACAGAGCCUGGAGCUGCUGUUAUUCCUCUGCUUGAAGCAGACUUGCAUGUACCAUAUAAAACACUGCCUGAUGAACAAAAAUAAGAAAGGAAAAAAAAGCAAAACACACACACAAAAAAAAAAACCAACCCAAUGCUGCAUUUUCACUGUGCCACACCUGCUCAGCAAUAACCAUAUGGGAAUGGGGAAAUCUUCAGAGAGACAUGGACUGUGAGAAAUAGUCUCUCAUCAGGGCUUGAAUAUCAUUUGUUGCUGGUAGUUUCUGAUCUAUUAAUGAGGGGAAGAUGAUGAAGGUGGUUUAUCAAUAAUUUAUUUCUGAUAGAUUUUUGACAACUUUAAAUUCAUUUAAGAAACUAUUUAUUUGGAAGACUUUUUUUUGUGGGGUUGUUAAUUUAGAUUUAAGAAUGUGAAAGUUUUUAAUUGUUUUGAUAAUGUAUGUUUGGUGCAGUGGAGAGCCACAUUAAUUGUGAUUAGUCUGGACUCCUAAAUUUGAUAUUCAGGUUGUAGUCUUAAAUAGGGAUGAGAUUCAUUAUUAAUUAUUUUUAAAUUAAGGCAUAUGGAAUCUUUUUUUUUUUUCCUGCUUUUUGUGAGCUAUUGGCUGGGCUUCUGUUGACUUGCAAGUUGCAUAUUCUCUGCCAGCUUGAUUAUACCUGUCCUCUUAAAUGCAGAUUUAUUUAUUUGACGGACUAGAAGAGACUCCUAAUGACAGAAGAAUCUUCUUCUGUUAGUCCAGUAGCUAACUUGUGUUAAACUGCACCCCUUUUCUCCAAAUUGGAGUUCGUACUUCUCUUCCUGAUGAUCUGUCUGUGAUGAUGGUCUUUUGCAAAAAGGCUCCCUGAAACUGUAUUUGUACAGGUUAUUUAGGAGUUGGUAGAAAGGAGGAAAAAUUAAUGCAUCUUUUUGGAGGAAUGGGAGUAUCAGUUAAGAUAAAUGUUUCUUCAGAACAAUUACUCUGAAAUAACUCAUAAGAUACACAGUGCAGUCUUAAGAUUUGCGUAUUACUUAAUGUAGCAUGGAAGAAGCAUUAAAGUAUUGUACUUUAAACACAUUUUACUGAAGAGACAGGAAGGCAGGAAAUGUGUUCCUUUCAAAGCUGGGUGAGACAGCCAGUUGAAAGUCUUAACUGGUGCAUAUAUGAGCAUUAAGUAGCUUACUGGUAUCAGAAUGAUCAUUUGUGUCAGGCUUCAUACAGAGCUGAUAGCAAAUGCCAAUUCUGAAUUAUUGUAAAUAAUUUUGAUUUUAAAUUUGUAUUUUUCUGUAAUAUAAAAUUAAAUAUUUAACUUUUGGGGGAUGGGGGUGAAAGCGGAAAGGGGAACUUUUACUUGAUUCUGGAAAUAGGGCAUUUUGUGGGGUCCAGCCAAAACGUAAAGAUUAAUGUGGUAGGAGCAACAAUAUUGUUGGUUGGAGUUUUUUUGCUUGCCAAGAGUAAAAGUACUCAGGCAUAGCUAUCAAAGUAAUUGAAUUGAUUAACUUUUCUUACCAGUUUUUCCUUCCUCCAUAUUCUAUGCUGGAAUAGUUUUCUCUUCUUGUAAUUUAAAAACAAAUUCAGUUGGACUUUCCUGAAUAUUUGUGCAGCUUUUAAUCUGGGCUAGAUUAUGAAUGCUUUUACAAAUAUAUGGAAAUAGUUUUAAUGUCAGGUGGUUUUGUUGCAGGGCCACUGCACUAUGUUUCUAAAUUGAGAAACAUCAAAACGUAAUGCAACUGCAAAUAAGUCAGGUAGCUUUCAUGGCUUUACUUCCUCUGGAGCAUUGCUCUGACUUUGUAGUUCUGUGUGUGUAGGUAUGGGUGACCUUUUUUUAACCUUUUGUUUGCAAAUUAUGGGUUCACACAAGCAUGUUUUCAGGUUUGGGUUUGAUUGGGUUUUUGUUGUUGUUAUUGUUUUGUUGGUUUUUUUUUUCUUAAUUUAAUGCAAGCUCUCAGCCUUCUUUAGCCUAUGGGGAACAGAGGUAGCAAAGGACUUCUAAAAAGUAGAAGAUAAGCUAAGAGGUACUCCACAGGGGCUGAAAGUGACUGUUAAGUACUUGCUGUUCUCAGGUGCUGUUUUCCAGAUGGAAAUAUAUAAAAGAGAAUAUUUUAACUAUCUGCUAAUAUGUUCUCACCAAAGCAAGUCAAAGAAAUAAACUGUGUAUAUACCCUCUGUGCUGAAGCUUGAGCAAAUGGAUUAAUGCCUGCCAGGCUUUGGGAACUGUUUUAGCUUUAGCGUAUUGAACCAAACUGUUUCGUUCUUGCUGGCUGUAUAAUUUUUCAGAAUAGAAAAUUGCAGUUUAAGGCUGCAGUCAGAUUCAGAGCAGAAUGAAGAAUGAGCUUUCUCUCUUUCAAGGCAGAUUUUUGAGAAUGCUUAAAUAGAAGUAUGCCAGAAUAGAAUCUGGAGCAAGGAACUGUAAAAUAUGGAGUAUGCUUUCUUGUACAUGUGACUGGCUUAUACAAUGUCUCUUCUCUAACCAUCCACAUUAUUUAUCUGUAUCUUACUUAUUGGAACAUAGAUGUGGCUGGACCCAUAUAUAUCAUUUCUUCUUAGGUUUAUUCUUUCUUUACUUUCUACCUUUUGUGUUUUAGAGUGGGUUUUUUUUUUGUUUUUUCUUUUUUUUCCAAAGUGGCUCUCCACUGUCAUCAGUUUUAUGUAAUAGCCUCUUCACAGGCUGUCAACAGGCAGAGGUUCAUUCCCGUUUUCUUCAGAUAUCAGUGCUUCCAGUAGAAGUUAAUUCUGAUGUCCCACCUCAGAACAACUAAUUUAAAAGAAAUUGCUGUGAUAAGCAGUAUAAAAAAAAAUGUUGGGGGGAGGGGGAGGAAUAAAAAGAAAAAAAAAAUGGGGGGAGGAGACAGGGGGAAGUCUCCUGGUAGCUCAUGAAGAGGAUGUGGUGACCUCACUCGUUUUGUGUACUUGUAUGUAGGGAUAUUUUUAUUGUGUUCUAGAUGAAAACACUACUGCACCAAGCUUUCUGUAGAUGGACUGAACCCUGUGUUGUUGUAGUGGAGAGAAAAAGCCCUAUUUUUUAACUUGCUGUCUCACUUGGGGUGGAAGAGGGAGGGAGUAGGGAACACUGACUGGACAACCAAGAUAAUUAAGCCUGCUGUGGUAACUCAUUUGCAAGGAUAAUCUUUUUUGAAAAGUCAGAGAACUUGGAUUUGGCAUAAAACUUAAUAUCUUUAUUUUGUAGACAGAACAGUGGGACAUGAAAUAUCAUAGAGGUUUUCCCAUUCUCUUAAGUUCUCAAGUUCCUGCAAUCGGAGAAAAAAAACAAAAUAGAACCAGGAAAAUGGAAAGACCACCUAGAAAAAAAACUGUAUCAAAGACUCUUCCAGCAACUUUCCCUUUUCUUCUAGUAUACUUGCUAAUAAACCCUGGCUACAAGGUAGCCUUUGUUGACCUCUGAGGUAGAUUACCUAUGCAACCUGUAAUACUCCACAUGAAUCCAUUCUUAAAGACAAUUUUGCAAGUGUUAGAUGUUGAGAGUUUAAAUUAUUGCUUUCUGAUCACAUGGAAGAUUUGGGGCCUUUCUUUUUUUGGUAGUUGAAGCACUUGUGUUACCUUUAGUAGACAUGGAAGAGAGCACAGUGUCAUGAUCACAUUUUAGAAGCUUCAGCUUUCCCUAGGCUUUGCUAUAUGGCAUAAGCUACCUUCAUUCACAAGGCCAUAAAGUUGUAAAUGUUGAAGGUUUUUGCAGGGUUUCAGAGUUGGAGCUGAUGUGAACCUUGCUUUAGUAAUUGUGGAAACUAAGAGAAUCGAAGCUAGAACAACCUGGUACUACAAGCCUAUAACUGUUGCCCUGUUUAGGCUCCACAGGCCCACCUAUCCCUUCACAUCCCAACCAUGAUCCCUAAAUCUUAAUGUCUUUCCAGAGUUUCAUUCACGUGAUACUUCCAGACCAUUAAAAGCUGUUUGUAGCUCUGAGGUUGAGCAAGCCCAGGGCUAUUCUUCUACAGAAGAAAUGUAAAUGGAACCAAGGGCCUUACUGUUUGUGGUUAAACAAGAUUAAAAGCUGCAACAUCCAUUUUUCCAAAAAGAAAAAAAUAUACCCCAACAAAAAACACCCUAGUAACCCUCUUUGUGGGAGAGUAUGAGUGAGAAAUCAUGCAGUGGAUGAGAAAUAUAAGUAGCACUGAUAAGGAAAUGCAUGUUCUUCAUAGGCUGCAUUUCUGUUUGGAAAAAAAGACUUUUUCUACUUUUAAUAUAAAUUAAGCCAUAAGAGUUUCAUGCUGUGGGAAGGGAAUGAAAGGGAUCACUUUAAGAGAUUAUAUUGAUAUGUAUUGUCACUUCUGCUGGGAAAUGUCUAUUGCUGCCAAUGCUUCGGUGAAUCCUUUUUUUGUUUGUUUUUAAAAAAACCCAUGGAAUUUAAAAAAAAAAGAGAAAAAAAAAGGGGCUAGUUCUUGGCUAUAUUACUAGUUUUGUAGUAAGGUUUUGCUGGCCUGUUUGUCUUUUCCUCUCCUUUUUCUACUCUUGUAGCCUGAUUUCUAUCUUUCCUUCUAAUGUCUCUGAAAAUACUAGCUUGUCUGUCACUAGGGGUCGGUGUAUGUGUGUCUUCCUUUUUACAGAAACGCACUACUGUGUUAAGUAUUUGGCUGGGAAAUGGGAUGCUGCAGCUUUAAGAGCAUUUUUUUCAAUUCAUAACAGUAUUUCCCAUCCUCUUUUGCCUGCAGGCAGGGAAAGUGUAUGUACAGUAUUUAUUUUGUUUCGAUUUUACUUUAAAUUUGUAAGUUUCUAUAAGUAGUUCACAUUGAUUAUUCUAGAGGAGGACAAGUGGCUUUGUUUAAAUUUGUAUUUGAUAUUCAUAGUUUCCACUUUCUGUACUUUAAAAUACUGAAAUUAAAAAACCUGUAUUGCUUAUGUUUUGAUUUUAGCACUCUAAAGUGUUUAAUUUCUUCAGGCUUCUGCUUAUUUGCUUCAGUGUAAAUACAGAAAACUGUACAGAAUAUCUUGAAGAGAAGAACGCUUUUCUAGAUCCAACCUCUGUGCCCUUUAUUUGUCGCAUUUUAAAGAAGAAGUUUUCUGGAGAAAUGUGAGAGGGAAUAUUCUGAUACUGUUGUUUGGAUUUUUUUAAAUUAUUUUUUCAAAGUGCAAAUCUCAUUUCGAUGCAAGUUUAUUAUGUGGCAACUAAAUGCGUUUUGUGAAGAUGUGUAUAUUCUUCUUGAAUCCUAAUAUAAAAAGGAGGUGGAAGUGUUUGUUAUCUGUCAUAUUAGAAGAUCUAGAACUGUAACAAGGGUGUUAAAUUGUAUUCUCAUGUUCUUGCUCUUGGCUUUUGUUCAGGUUUUUCUCAAGCUACUGAUGACUGACUCAUCUUUUGAUGUGUGCAGUUACUUUACAUGUGUACAGUUUCUGGAAGAAGAGAUUUCUCUUUCACACUUCUAUGUAUUUUGUCAUACUUGCUUUUAUCUUGGGUGACUUGUCUGCUGAUAUCUCCCAGCACAUGUCAUCUUCUAGUUUACAGUUGUCAGUGCUCCCUGUUUCGGCUGCAUAUGGCCAACACACAGUACUGUUUGCAUGUGGGUACUGUACUUGGGGGUAAUGGAAGCAUGAUUGUGUUGCACUCCGACUUUGUGCAAUGCAUUUUCUUCUGCAGACUGCUCCAUGCUACUCAACUGCUUCAGUGUUGUGAUGGGCAGAUGCUUAGAUUCCAGUGCUGUUCAUUUUAUGAGAGCCUUAGAUAAAUAAUGCAGCAAUUGCAGUGGAAGAACCAGGUAGCAGAAAAUGUUUGAUUUGAGCAUCCUUUGUGGCUGCUCAGGUUUACUUCUUAGCCUGGCUCUUAGCUUACAUAGAAUAUGUGGUUGACUGUAAUGACUAGGAAAUCUUUUCAUGGACCAGGACUUCAUUGUGCCAUGUGCUUUACAUACAAAGAACAAGAAUGCUGACCUCAUCAAACUGCUUAAGCAUAAGAUUAAAAUAGUCUAAAAACACCCAACAGUCUAAACCCACAGAACUUACAAACUACAAACUAGUAAGUUCUGUGGCCUGAAGUUUAAAACACAGUGGUGGUGUAGAUUUUGGGGGCUGAAACUUCUGUGCUGUUUCAAAAAGAAAUUUCAUUUGAGUGUAAUAAGAAAUUGUGAGGAAAAAUUAUGAUGUAAGUGCAGAGGGUGAAGUUUAAAUAUUUGUAUGUCCAGAAAGGAGUUCCUGCUGUAUUUUGACAUGCAUUUGCAUCUUUUCAAUUAAUGUGUUAAAACUGAUUUUGAAUUUGGUAAGCCAAAGAUUUGCCAAAGAUCUGAAAGACCUGUUUGUCUGCCAGAGCAACCACCCAUUUUGUGAAAGUCUUGAUCACUGAUUGAGAGCAAUGCAGUAACCUAUGCAUUUCCAUCAGACACUCAUCUGGAUUUGAUACACUGAACUCACUGCUCAUAAUAAUGCUUUGGUCUUAAAAUAAAGUGAUAGACUUAAGAGAGUGCCUCACUGGGCCACAAAUACAAGUUUCAUACCCACAUAAAGACCUGUGUAAGCACCUUUACUAUUUGUCCUUUUGUUUUUGCCAACUACAUCUGCAGCUUUUCUCUGUGACUGUUGUGUGGUGGAUAAUAGGUAGGAUAAUCCACUGGUAAAUAUGUGAAAUGUCUCUAAGUGCUGCUUUAAAUGCUACUGGGUAGCCUUCAGCACCUGGAGCUGUAUUUCCUUUAGAAGUCAGAGUUUCUAGUUUUUGCUUUUCUGUUUGUGUAGAGUGGGGGAAUACUAACCUGGGUUAUUCUUCUGUAAUGGAUAGAUGGAUUUUAAAGGGUUCAAGGCUACCAAAUAUGGCAAAAAAAAAUUUCCAAAGUCAGGGAGUGUGCAAGAUGCUCUUCGUGGUAUCUGAAGACUUAACACUGGUUUUGGUUUUCUUUUCUUUUUAAUGGAUAGUAUUCUACUGUGUUUGAGGUAGAGUACCCCUUGUAAAGUGCCUACAAACUUGGUUUUGUGUACAUUUCGUGAAGUUCAGCUGUUUCUCCAUAGGGCUUGUCAUGAUCUGCUUAAUUUGUAAAGCUGUUGUGGUGGCUCAUUAGUUAACAAGUUCAGCCAAGCGUUUUCUUGUUUACUUUGUUUAGAUACAACUUUGGAUUGAUGAUGGAAACCUGAGUAGUAGAAUGAAUAUGACAAAGUCAAACAUGUUGAGUGUUGGUUUCUGUAGGAACAUUUUUUUCAUUGUAUAGAAGUAUUUCUCCUGGGAGCCCUUGAAUUUACACUUUUACUGCUGGUAAGUAAUGUCAGUUGUCUCAAGCCAAAAGUUAAUGAGAACUGAAGCUGUAAAACCAGAAUGUUGUUGUUACUCUGAUACAACCAGGGAUUUUAAAUGCCUUUGUUUCUGCAGAGGUCAAUGACUAAAGUCUUUACCUGUGAAAGAAAUAGCUGAUGAUCAAGACAAUAAAUACAAGUCUGUUAUUGCCAGAGCUCAUAAUAUUCCACCUAGCAGCCAGCUGAUAGGACAGUUUGCUUUGUCUAGACUAAGGUCUGAUUUCUCUGAAGCCAAUUAUAUUCAGUCUUUAGAAUAAGUACUGCAAGUUUUGAAGAAUUGUGUUUGGCUUAAUAGAUCUAUUUAUCUGUACUGCUCCUGCUGUAUUUGCUUUGGUCUUGGAAAAAGUACUCUUCUUUGAAACAUACAAGUCAACUAAAAACCAGUAUG